AUGGAUUUUUGGAUAUUCUUAGCUUUCAUAGCUUCAGUUUCUGCUAGUGGCGGCAGUUGCUGUGAAGAUCCCAACCCGCCUUACAUGGACAAAAAGAAAGAUAUUCUUACCCGCGUAGAAUCCCUUGCCAAGGAAGAUCUUCCAGGAUUUGAAGUAUGCUUUAGCAACAUGCUCGAGACCAAAAUUGAAGAAGACGAGAAAUACCGAAACUUCCUCAUUGAAAACGAAGAUUGGUACCAGCUCGAUUACGAGGAAGAGCAUAACAAUUUCAUAAUGACGGACGAGCGAAAAAAUGAAAUGAAAGAAACCUGCCUGGAAAUGCUUUAUGCAUUGAAGGACCUUGCCUGUUUUCAAUCCCAGCAUGGCCCAGUAGAUUGGGACUCACUUUGA